AUGAGCAGCAAGAAGAUAGAAGUGAGAAAGUCACGAUUGUCAGGGUCUGGCGAUUACUAUUCAUGGCUAGAGAGCGAAAAGAAGCGCAAGCGGGCUGAGGCCAACAGGCGAUACAGAGAGAAGAAAAACAAAUUAAAGCCUCAUCUUUCCAAGACAAGAGCCAAAACACAUGCAGAGCACUGUCGAGAGUACAGAGAGCGUAAAAAGCUCCAAGCUAAAGCUGAAACAAUAACCUAUGAUGAUCCCGAAUCGGAUCAAUAUGAAGAAAACAUCCCUUAUGAACAGUUCCUACCACAAGAUGGUCCUCAAAAUGCAAAAAAUUCGCAAGAAACAAUUUAUGCCUCGAGUAUGAAUUUGCCUGAGAUAGAAGAGGAUCACCUCGAAGAAAUACAAACUGAGAGUGAAGAUAGUAAAAGUCAAUUUAAAAGGAGUCAAUUUAUUCCGUCUUCUGUAUCGGAAAUGAGUUUUGAUGAGUUACUAGAGGACUCUGUUCAGGACUCAACAAGUACAAGAAACCAAAGUGAAAGUGAUGGCAUUAGCAUAAGUGACAUUGCUCCCAAAACCGAGUCGUUUGAGAACAUGUCUGCAGCGGAAAAGGCAGCCGAGGCCGCCAGGCGGUACAGAUUGAUAAAAAAGAUGAUAAAGCCUAUCAAACCUUCGGCUCUAACGGCUGCCCAGCGGAGUAAAGCCUACCGGGAUCGUCAAAAAAAUCUCCAAUAUGCGGCCAAAAUAAAAACAGGAGACAGCAAAACCAAUAUUAACAACCAAGCAGAGACGAUAAGAACCCAACAAAUAAAUACAAAUGUAAAUAUAAAAGGACAACUCAAAGAUACACCCAAAACAGUUUCAGAAAAAAAUAAAGAACGCCGAGACCGUCAAAGAAGUCUAAUAAUGGCUGCAAUUGAAGAAUUAAGGCAGCAGGAGAUCCAAAAAAAUAUUAAUUCAGUAACUAAUGGAGAUCCUAAUGAAAGCAUCUCUAAAAUAAAUCUCCGAAGCGUUCUAACGCAGGAUGAGUGUGUGGCUGCCAUCCGUCAGUAUGACAUCCAACCCUUGUACGACCAGGUUGCUCAGAAUUUCAACUGCACCGUCCAACAGAUCAUGAGCGUGAUGUCCAACCGAAAGGCUAUCCUGGAGUUCAAUGAGACCACCAUUACACUGAGCCAAAAGGGCAACGAAGAUAGCGAAUUGCGCAGGCGCAAACUCAACCUUUUUAGCUACUGCCUAUAUGAGUAUACCCAAAGAGCUCAGUACCAUCUCAACGAACAGAUCAACGAAGAACUGAUACUGGAACAAGCCAUCAAUUUCCGCGACCUCAUGGCAAUCGAUAGCUUUACGCCAAAUAAGAGCUAUAUUAAUCAAUUUAUGGCCGCCUACGAUGUAAAUCGAGUAAACUGUUUGGUUAAUAUUCCACAAAAAACGCGAAUGUCGUUGGACUUGAAGAACAUUAUGACCCAUUGUGUACGACACUGUGCCAUGGCUCCCAAUCUGCAGCCAAGAGUUCUGACGCCAAUUAAAAUAGACGUUUCACAGCUUUUAAAAUACACAAAGGCCUUGAAGAACCAGACGGAGAUAGAACCUGAAAGCGAUAAUGAUGUCGAGGUCAUACCAAAUGAAUGUAAUGAAGAUUCAAAUGACUCAAUUAGGAUACCGUCCUUCCAAAGUACUCUGAGCAUUGAAAAAGUUGAGCACUCGCCGAUUCAGAUGGAUGAUUAUCAGGAUUUGGAUGUAGAUAUGGAUGUGCCAGAAAUUGCAACUCCUCCCAUGCACAACUUAGAGAUUAGCGAUGAGGAACCGCUUCCACACUCCGUGGAGACCUUUAAGGAUGCCCUGCGUCUGCUGAAGCCCCUUGAGGAUUUUGCUCUGAUGAGGGAGAGUUAUCGGGUAAUAGGACUGCUCAGCCAGUUGGAGCAGAUCUUUGAGGCUGGCAAAAAGGCUGAAGAGAUGGGUACUUCUACUUAAUAAGUGUUUAGUUAAAUAUUCUUAUUAUAAUGUAUAAAUUUAAAGAUAAAAUUGCUGUAAAUAUAACGAUAUUAGGAGGUAUGUAUUAGGUUGUAUGUAAUAUAAUAUGGAAUAAGAAGUUAGGAUGAUCUGA